AGCACUGUCUUCCAAUUCUCUAAUUUUGAAUAAAACAAAUAUGCAAAAAUGCUCCCAUUCUUAAUUUAUCAUCUGUAAUGUGAGAUCCUUCUUCCAUAUCCGUACGCCUUCUAGAUCUAUUAUCUGGCUAUUUCUUAUAUAUAUGUAGUCUCAAACAUCCUUAUAUGAGCAGACCUCAUCAGACAUCAUCUCAGUACCUUGUGCAACAAGUAAACAAAUUGUCAAAUACAUGCAUUGUGUGUGCAUGGUUGGUAUUCUUUUCAUUUCAUAAGUGCUUAGUUAUCUUGAAUUUCUGGUGACCGGAAAGUUUACAAAUGGCGGGAGCAUUCGCCGGAGAUGGCCUGGUGCGGUCUGCAAGUAGCAUGAGUUGGCGGUCAAUAAGCAUAAAAGAUAUGUGGAAUGAGCAGCCAGACGUGUUCCAGAGGAGCAGGGCCGGCGAAGAGGAGGAGGAGCUUAGGUGGGCGGCGAUAGAGCGGCUACCAACGUAUGAUAGGCUGCGGAAGGGGAUUUUGAGGAAGGUGAUGAGCAAUGGUAGGGUGGAGCAUGGUGAGGUUGAAAUUACUAAGCUUAAGACUGAAGAUAAGAAGCAGUUGAUGGACAGCAUAUUAAAAAUUGUUGAGGAAGAUAAUGAGAAGCUCCUUAAGAGGAUUAGAGACAGAACUGACAGGGUGGGAAUUGAGGUUCCUAAGAUUGAAGUGAGAUUUGAGCACCUAUCAGCGGAGGGAGAUGCAUAUGUUGGGACCAGGGCACUUCCAACUCUGAUCAAUUCCACCUUAAAUGCAAUUGAGGGGGUUCUUGGACUGGUUGGGCUCUCUCCUUCAAAGAAAAGGGUAGUCAAGAUACUUCAAGAUGUUAGUGGAAUAGUGAGACCAUCAAGAAUGUGUCUACUUCUUGGACCGCCUGCCUCCGGAAAAACAACAUUCUUGAAGGCACUUACUGGGCAGCUUGAUGAUGAUCUAAGGGUAACUGGGAAAAUCACCUAUUGUGGCCAUGAGUUGUCUGAAUUUGUUCCUCAGAGAACUAGUGCUUAUAUUAGCCAGCAUGAUCUUCACUACGGUGAGAUGACAGUUCGGGAGACUUUGGAUUUCUCUGGACGUUGCCUUGGAGUUGGAACCAGGUACGAAAUGUUGGUAGAGGCAUCAAGGUGCGAGAAAGCACAAGGUAUACAACCAGAUCCUGAGAUCGACGCAUUCAUGAAAGCCACAGCAGUGGCUGGCCAGAAAACAAGUUUGAUCACAGAUUAUUUUCUCAAGAUACUUGGAUUGGAUAUUUGUGCGGAUAUUAUGGUGGGCAAUGACAUGAAACGGGGCAUCUCUGGAGGGCAAAAGAAGCGUGUCACUACCGGGGAAAUGUUAGUUGGGCCGGCUAGAGCAUUUUUCAUGGAUGAAAUAUCAACAGGCUUGGACAGUUCCACCACAUUUCAGAUAAUAAAGUACAUGAAGCAGAUGGUUCAUAUCAUGGACCUCACGAUGGUCAUUUCUCUUCUGCAGCCUGCGCCGGAGACAUUUGACCUUUUCGAUGACAUUAUUCUACUUUCAGAGGGUCAAAUUGUUUACCAAGGUUCUCGCGAGAAUGUUCUUGAAUUUUUCGAACAUAUGGGCUUCAAAUGCCCACAAAGGAAAGGUGUUGCCGACUUUCUGCAAGAAGUAACUUCCAAGAAGGACCAAGAACAAUACUGGUUUAGAAAGAAUCAACCUUACAGAUAUAUCCCCGUAGCUGAGUUUGCUCAGGCCUUCAAAUCCUUCCACAUUUUCCAAAGGAUUUCUGAAGAUCUGAGAGUUCCUUAUGACAGAUCGAAUGUACAUCCUGCUGCUUUGGUGAGACAAAAGUACGGAAUCUCCAACUGGGAACUCUUGAAGGCCUGCUUCUCGAGGGAAUGGCUGCUGAUGAAGCGCAAUUCAUUCGUGUAUAUUUUCAAAACUGUGCAGUUAACAAUCAUGGCUACGAUCGCAUUCACUGUGUUCCUAAGAACGCAAAUGAAAGCGGGUCACUUAGAAGAUGCACCAAAGUUUUGGGGAGCACUGUUUUUCAGUCUCAUCAAUGUCAUGUUCAACGGGAUGGCAGAGCUUGCGAUGACAGUUAUGAGGCUUCCUGUGUUCUUUAAACAGAGGGAUGCCUUGUUCUAUCCAGGAUGGGCUUUUGGCUUGCCCAUUUGGCUCCUCAGAAUUCCCAUAUCACUGAUGGAAUCAGCCAUUUGGAUCAUUCUUACGUAUUACACAAUUGGUUUUGCACCUGCUGCGAGUAGGUUUUUCAAACAAUUCUUGGCCUUGUUCGGAGUGCAUCAGAUGGCCCUUUCCCUCUUCCGUUUCCUUGCAGCUGUCGGAAGAACAGAAAUAGUUGCAAGCACAAUUGGCACCUUUACCUUGCUAAUGGUCUUUGUGCUUGGAGGUUUCAUAGUUUCCAAAAAUGACAUCAAACCAUGGAUGAUUUGGGGCUACUAUAUUUCUCCUAUGAUGUAUGGUCAAAACGCCAUCGCUAUCAAUGAGUUUCUCGACAAAAGAUGGAGCACUCCCAUAAAUGGUUCUAGCCAACCAACAGUCGGAAAGACCCUCCUUAAGGAAAGAGGACUGUUUGUAGAUGAAUACUGGUACUGGAUUUGCAUUGGAGCACUUCUUGGAUAUUCUCUUCUUUUCAACAUUGGUUUCAUUGCAGCACUGACAUUUUUAAAGCCACUCGUUGAUUCUAAAGCUGUCAUCGCGGAUGAAAACUCUGAAAGAAAAACGAAGAAACAGUUGACAGGUACUGAUAACUCAGCAGGUACCAGUUCUUCAAACAAUGAAGCUAGAAGAGGAAUGAUGUUGCCCUUCCAUCCUCUUUCACUUGCUUUUAACCAUGUGAAUUACUACGUGGACAUGCCUGCCGAAAUGAAGAGUCAAGGGGUUGAAGAGACCAGACUGCAACUGCUACGAGAUGUCAGUGGUGCUUUCAGGCCUGGUGUUCUAACCGCAUUAGUAGGGGUCAGCGGUGCUGGGAAGACAACCUUGAUGGAUGUCUUAUCCGGAAGGAAGACUGGCGGGUACAUUGAGGGAAGUAUAAGCAUUUCUGGGUACCCAAAAAACCAAGCUACAUUUGCUCGAGUUAGCGGUUAUUGUGAACAAAAUGACAUCCAUUCCCCCUAUGUGACUGUCUACGAAUCUCUUUUAUAUUCUUCGUGGUUGCGUCUUGCUUCAGAUGUAAAGAAGGAAACACGAAAGAUGUUUGUUGAAGAAGUGAUGGAACUCAUUGAACUUAACCCGUUGAGGAAUGCUUUAGUCGGACUUCCAGGAGUAGAUGGUCUUUCGACUGAACAGAGAAAGAGGCUCACAAUAGCUGUAGAAUUGGUUGCUAAUCCUUCCAUUAUCUUUAUGGAUGAACCCACAUCAGGACUUGAUGCUAGAGCUGCUGCAAUUGUGAUGCGCGCAGUAAGGAACACGGUAGAUACUGGUCGAACUGUAGUGUGCACAAUCCACCAACCAAGCAUUGAUAUCUUUGAAUCCUUUGAUGAGCUACUUUUGAUGAAAAGAGGAGGAAGAGUUAUUUAUGCAGGACCACUAGGUAGUAAUUCUCAUAAACUUGUGGAGUAUUUUGAGGCUAUUGAAGGGGUUCAGAAAAUAAAAGAGGGUUACAAUCCUGCGACAUGGAUGCUAGAGAUCAGCUCCACUGCAGUUGAGGCACAACUUAACCUUGAUUUCUCUGAAGUUUAUGCCAAUUCCGACCUCUAUCAGAGGAAUCAGGAGCUCAUCAAGGAGCUAAGCACUCCGCAACCAGGUUCCAAGGAUCUUCACUUCCCGACCAAGUACUCGCAAAGCUUCAUAACUCAGUGCAAGGCUUGUUUCUGGAAACAACAGUGGUCUUACUGGAGGAAUUCGCAGUACAAUGCAAUCCGGUUUUUCAUGACAAUUGUUAUCGGUAUCUUAUUCGGUGUAAUCUUUUGGGGCAAAGGAAGCCAGAUACACAAACAACAAGACCUGAUUAAUCUAUUGGGAGCUACAUAUUCUGCUGUUCUUUUCCUUGGAGCCUCCAACGCUUCUUCGGUGCAAACUGUUGUGGCAAUUGAGAGAACAGUAUUUUAUCGGGAAAGAGCAGCAGGAAUGUAUUCCGAGUUGCCAUAUGCAUUUUCUCAGGUGGCUAUAGAAACAAUUUAUGUUGCAAUACAAACCUUCAUCUAUUCUCUUCUACUCUAUUCCAUGAUCGGUUACCACUGGAAGGUCGAGAAGUUCUUGUACUUCUACUACUUCAUAUUCAUGUGCUUCACGUACUUCUCUAUGUACGGGAUGAUGGUCGUUGCACUGACUCCCGGCAGUCAGAUUGCUGCCGUUGUUAUGUCAUUCUUCAUCAGCUUCUGGAAUUUAUUUUCGGGCUUCCUCAUUCCCAGGCCGCUAAUCCCGAUAUGGUGGAGGUGGUACUACUGGUGUUCCCCGGUUGCUUGGACAAUCUAUGGCGUUUUCACAUCUCAAGUUGGGGAUAAGAAGACGUUACUCGAAAUUCCUGGCUCAGCGCCAAAGCCGGUGGAUGCAUUCCUUAAGGAGUACUUGGGAUAUGACUAUGAUUUCCUUGUAGCAGUAGUCUUUGCACAUCUCGGUUGGGUGCUCCUCUUCUUCUUCAUCUUUGCCUACGGCAUCAGGUUUCUUAACUUUCAAAAGAGAUAGAAUUUUCCAUGUGCUUUCGAAGAACAGAUUAUAGAUAAGACAGAUCGAUGUGUGCGUGUUUCAUUGGCAAUCCUAGGCCAAAGUAGCGAUCUUUGGCUAGACAGAUCGGUGCGUGUGUGUUUUUGACUAUAUCUUCAUUUGUAAACUGUAACUGUAGUUUUUUCUCGCUUCCUUUUGCAAUCAAUUUUUCUCUAGAAGCUUGGAUGUAAAAACUGUGUGGAAUAUGAUCAUCAACUUCUCAAAACA